AGACUGUUGAUCCGCGAGACUUCGGAUAGUAAACAAAACCACGCGCGCGUCCUGACCGUUCUAGUGUUUCUCCGUAGUAAAAAGUGCGAAACAACGAUAAUCGAUGGAACUCCUAUCGGACGAAGGUCUACGGCUCGACGGACGACGAGCCAACGAGCUCCGGCGCAUUCAAUGCAAGCUGGGUGUGUUCAGCCAGCCGGAUGGCAGCGCUUACAUCGAACAAGGCAACACUAAAGUGCUGGCGGCGGUUUACGGCCCCCAUCAGGCCCCGGCCAAGAAAAGCAGCCACGAAGAAGUGAUCGUCAACUGCCAGUACAGUAUGGCCACAUUCUCCACCGGGGAACGUAAGCGGCGGCCCCGAGGCGAUCGGAAAAGCCAGGAAAUGACCAUCCAUCUGCAGCAGGCGCUGAGUGCGGCCAUCAAGACCGAACUGUAUCCGAAAUCGCAGAUCGACGUCUACAUCGAGGUGCUGAUGGCGGACGGGGGUAACUAUUGUGCUUCGGUCAAUGCAGCAACCCUAGCGCUGAUCGACGCGGGCAUCUGCCUGAAGGAGUACGUUUGCGCUUGCACUGCCUCGCUGGCCGGGAAAAUCCCACUGAUGGAUGUGUCUAAUCUGGAGGAAAUGAGUGGCGGACCAACGCUAACGGUGGCGUCGUUGCCCAGCAGCGGAAAAAUUGCAUUUAUGGAAAUGUCCCAGCGGUUCCACUUGGACCAUUUGCCCAAGGUGCUGGAAACGGCACUGCAAGGCUGCCGAGAGGUUCAGAAAAUCAUCGACCAAGCCGUCCGGGAGCAUGUGACUCAACUGGGGCAAGCCGGGGAUUGGGGAAGUUUAGCUAAAUAAAAGUCGAGUGUUUUUCAACUGAUUAACAA